AUGACAUUGAGUUUGACCCCUGAUCUUGGUAAAGAGUUGAACCAAGGGUCGGUGUUUGGAGAAAUACUGAAAUUCAUCCAGCGCAGCCUUGAGGUACCGGACAACCAACCGGCCAACCAACCGGCCAACCGACCAACCGGCCAACCAACCAACCAACCGGCCAACCAACCGGCCAACCAACCAACCAACCAACCGGCCAACCAACCGACCAACUGGCCAACCAACCAACCAACCGGCCAACCAACCAACCGGCCAACCAACCAACCGGCCAACCAACCGGCCAACCAACCACCCAGCCAACCAACCAACCGGCCAACCAACCAACCAACCAACCGGCCAACCAACCAACCGGCCAACCAACCAACCGGCCAACCAACCAACCGGCCAACCAACCGACCAACUGGCCAACCAACCAACCGGCCAACCAACCAACCGGCCAACCAACCACCCAGCCAACCAACCAACCGGCCAACCAACCAACCAACCAACCGGCCAACCAACCAACCGGCCAACCAACCAACCGGCCAACCAACCGGCCAACCAACCAACCGGCCAACCAACCAACCGGCCAACCAACCAACCAACCAACCGGCCAACCAACCGGCCAACCAACCAACUAGCCAACCAACCGCCAACCAACCGGCCAACCAACCAACCACCCGGCCAACCAACCAACCGGCCAACCAACCAACCGGCCAACCAACCAACCGGCCAACCAACCAACCGGCCAACCAACCAACCAACCGGCCAACCAACCAACCGGCCAACCAACCAACCAACCGGCCAACCAACUGGCCAACCAACCAACCGGCCAACCAACCAACCACCCGGCCAACCAACCAACCGGCCAAUCACAGCAAUUAUCGAUCACUGUCCUCCAUUGGACCCGGACAUUGGGUCUUGUUCCUGGCCGUGGGCCUUCUCAUCCUUGACAUCUUUCUUCUAAUAGUUCUCCAGUUACGUCUCCAGCAGAGAAGAGACCGUCAGCGCCUGGUGGAUCAUGGCUUCCUGCAUUCCCUCAAGAGUCCGUCUGCCUUCCAAGAACAGAAAAAGAACCUGGAAAAAGCCAAGGGUGAGGAUUAUCUAAAGCACAAGGUCAGGAGCCGACCGGAAAAGUCUGAUCUGACAAACAUGCAUCUUCUACAAGAUUCGUCUAGUGAGGGAUCGGCACAAACUUCCCAGAUUAAAUUAAAAAGGGCUCGCCUUGCAGAUGACCUGAAUGAAAGGAUUGCCCUCAGGCCGGGUCCUCUGGAACUGGUGGAAAAGAACAUCAUUCCUCUUGAAUCUACUGUGAAAGAAGCCAUAAAAGGCAACGCAGCGAGUUUCUCCAAGCCGGUGGACGCCUUUGCCUUUGAAGAAGACAGCAGUGAUGAAGGUUUGUCCCCCGACCAAGAGAGAAGCGAUGAGACGCCGGGAAACCCAUCUCCACACGAGACCAAAACCCAAGACACCUCCCCCGACUCCGCCCCAACACAGAAUCCCACAAAGGAGAAUGAAAAAGACUCACAGGAUGUGGGCGACCCCCAAAGUCACCACCCUUGUCCGCUGCACCCCGACAACCACCUGUCGCCGACGGGAGCACCAAACUCUGCGGCUGCCAAGCAGAACAAACCUUCCGCAGACUCCAAAAACCGUCACAAAAAGCCCAAAGACAUCAAACCGAAGGUGAAAAAACUGAAGUACCACCAGUACAUUCCUCCCGACCAGAAGGCCGAGAAAUCUCCGCCUCCCAUGGACUCCGCCUACGCCCGGCUCCUCCAACAGCAGCAACUCUUCCUUCAGCUGCAGAUCCUCAGCCAACAGCAACAGCAGCACUUCAGCUACCAGGGAAUGCACCACUCACAUCUCAAGCAACAAAAUGAACAAAUGCACCGGAAUGCCAACACACCGACAGUCGGCAGUCCUUCGUUGUCUCCAGUGAAGACUUUCUCUGGCCAGUCUAACAUGUCUUCCAUGAAGCCCGGACUUCUCCCGUCCAACCUGGACGACCUAAAAGUGUCGGAGUUGAGGCAGCAGCUUAGAAUACGUGGAUUGCCCGUUUCUGGUACAAAGACCUCCCUGAUGGAACGUCUGAGGCCCUUCCAGGAAUGCGGCGGGAACGCCGUUCCAUCGUUUGGCGAGAUCACCACGGUCACCUUCCCAGUUGCCCCAAACAACUCUCUGUCUGGUUACCAGACGCACCCGUCCGCCGGGGUUAUCUCAAAUGGAUUCUAUCAGUUCGGUAGCACCAGCUCCACCCCCCCAAUCUCCCCGGCCUCCUCCGAUCUUUCUGUAAACGGCUCUUUACCCGAUACCUUCAGUGACGGGCCAAUGUCUUCUCCUCAGUUCGGUCUCCACCCCUCCCCCAUCCACCUAAGUGCUGAGGAAAGUCUUCUGAGCAGCAUCAACAGCAGCAGCUACCAAGCAGAACUGGAAGGCAUGGAUGCUGAGAAAGACAAAAUGUUGGUGGAGAAGCAGAAGGUCAUCAAUGAGUUGACCUGGAAACUCCAACAAGAGCAGAGACAGGUGGAGGAGCUGAGACUUCAGCUCCAGAAGAGGAAAGGAGGCUGCGGGCCUCUAGAGAAGGCGCUUCCAUCUCAACACUUUUUUGGAGUGCAGAUCAAACAGGAAAACGUGUCGAGUUGUCCCUUCGCCUCGAAGCAAAUGACCAUGAAAAACCCGACCAACAAUUCGAUCGAGAAGCUGGGAUCGUGUGCAACGCAACCAAUGCCGUGCCUAAUGAACAACCAUUGUAUGGAGGCCUCCAACCCCAACUCCAUGUCUUCCACUUUCCUAAGUCCUCAGUGUUCUCCACAACAUUCCCCACUAGGAACUACCAACAGUCCCCAGCACAUCAGCCUUCCCCCAUCCCCCAACAACCAUUGCCACUACCUACUGCCCGUGUCCCCGAAUUCCCAAGGCGACACCUCAAGUCUCUCUCCACAACGCAUCAAUACUCAGAUAUGCACUGGACAGAACGCUGGAAGCGCCGCUUGCUUCUCUCCCAACCAGACCAGUUUACAGCCGCCUUACGCUGACCAAUCGGAAAGCAAGCAGGGCAACAAAGAUGGCGUCUCACCAAAGAGCCCGACAGUGUUAGGAAAGGCCGGGCAGAAGCUCUCUGUACCUUGUACCACUUUCUCCAACUCGCAGACAUCGGAUUCCAAGCAGCUUCCCUCCUAUGAGGACGCGGUAAGACAGCAAGUCACAAGAAGCCAACAGAUAGAUGAACUUCUUGACGUUCUGAUUGAAAGCGGAGAAAUGCCAGCAAAUGCCAAAGACGAGCGGUCAUGUGGGCAGAAGAUGACUCAACUGGGCGUGCCGACAGGAAACACAAAUCUCUCUGCUCCCAAUUCUCACCUCCCUUAUGAUAACUGCCCCAAUAACGACAGCCACCUUGAAGUCUUAUUGAACACCCACAGUCCCAUCGGGAGAGCCGCCGAAAUCCCUCUGCUUAAGAUAGGAAAUGACGAUGUGCACUUUGAACGUGUUCUGGAAGGAUUUUCAGGCAAAGUGACUGAAGAUAUUCUCCCAUCCAGAGAGAUCUUAGAAACUUCUCUGUCUCCUAUGGAGACCCAGAUGUCACCGUCAUCUACGGAAAGCACUGCCCUCCACCACUUAAGCUUUACCGAAUCUCCAUGGGAGACCAUGGAGUGGCUGGACCUAACCCCACCAAGCUCGGCCACAGGUUUGGGAUCCCUUACUACUACCGGUCCCAGCAUUUUCAACACUGAUUUCCUAGAUGUUAACGAUCUCAACUUAAACAAUGCAAUGGACCUGCACUUAGAACAGUGGUGAACUCCGUAAAUCAAUGUUUUAUCGUUAGAGCCAAAGAAAAAAAGCUUCAACGCAACGUGCCAAAGAAUUGGGUUCACCAAAGAUCAGCCAAAGACGUUUCUUUAUAAAGUGUUACAGUUACAAAAAAGCCUUGUGUCUUUGAGGCGGACCAUCCAUCUUCCAGCCAUCUUUGAGGUGGACGGGCCAUCUUCCAGCCAUCUUUGAGGUGGACGGGCCAUCUUCCAGCCAUCUUUGAGGUGGACCGGCCAGCUUCCAGCCAUCUUUGAGGUGGACGGGCCAGCUUCCAGCCAUCUUUGAGGUGGACGGGCCAGCUUCCAGCCAUCUUUGAGGUGGACGGGCCAGCUUCCAGCCAUCUUUGAGGUGGACCGGCCAGCUUCCAGCCAUCUUUGAGGUGGACCGGCCAGCUUCGAGGUGGACCGGCCAUCUUUCAGCCAUCUUUGAGGUAGACCGGCCAUCUUCCAGCUAUCUUUGAGGUGGACCGGCCAUCUUCCAGCCAUCUUUGAGGUAGACCGGCCAUCUUUCAGCCAUCUUUAAGGUGGACCGGCUAUCACAGCUGGACCUCCAAUGACUCAAGUAGGGAAUGGGAUUGUUACAUAUCAGUCUGAUCUACCAGUUCUAGUCCAAAACCACUUUAUUUGGUAUUUUGGACUUCAAACAAAACUGUGAACCAAAAAGCUUCAAACAUUGAAAAGCACAGGUAUCAAUUUUUUAAAUUUUUUUACAUUUUUAAUGCUAAAUUACGAUGGUAGAACUUUAAUUUUAGACCAUGAACAAGAGCAAGAAGAGCUUCGAACAAAACACGUCCGCAAUGGACUUUCAUAGCCGACUUCCUGCCCCUUCGGUGUGGAAAGUUGGGUUCACUCCUACAAAGAACUCAACACCUAGAAUAUGUGAUUCCACACUUAUGGUAUAAAAAAUUCCAGUUUUUGGCGAGAUGCCCAUUUUAUAGUUCAUUUUUUUAAGGUCUUAUCUUUGGUACCAGCGCAACUGAGGGAUUUUUAGCUCUUAAGCCCAUAUAAUGUUAUUUUUUUUAGUCACUGGAAGUGCGAUGUUGUACGGCCUUGAAACUAUUUUUUUUUGUCUGUAUAUUUUUGGGCACAGAAUAUGAUUCAUUUCAAUGCACAAUUGAUUUUUGUUAAAUUCAUCUUCAUAGGAGUUUACUUUUUUUGACGGGGGGCUACAACCUUAUUAUUUUCGCUUAAUUUUAAGCUUAACUCCUAUCAGAAGAUAAAAGAAGAAUGCAAUUUUGUAUUUAUUUAAAAAAAAAAAAAUUCCUAUAAUGUAUUUUUAAAUACAACUUUUUAAAUGCCUGAAUUUGUUGACUCAGUUUGAUGGGGGUUCCAACCUUAUCAUUAUUUUUAUGUUGGCCAUAAGAUUUGAUUUUAAGCUUAAUGCCAAUCGGAAGUAAAACAAAAACACAAUUGAAUAACAUUUUGUAUUUAUUUAAAAAAAAAUCCUAUAAUGUAUUUUUAAAUACAACUGGUUAAAUGCCUGAAUUUGUUGACUUCAUUAUUUUAUUGUUGGUCCUAAGAUUCCAUUUUAGGCUUAACGCCAAUCAAAAAUGGAAUGCAACUUUGU